AUGCUCGGACUUCUCGCAUCACACGCUAUAUGCGGCGCGAAGUUUUAUGUUAUGGCAACAUUGAAUCUCUUAAAUGAUAACCAAGAAUUCGUCAAUCAAGGCCAGUUCGAAUACUAUCUCAACAGACUUCACGAAGCUGGUGUCGAUGGCAUCAUGAUUGAUGUCUGGUGGGGCAGAACAGAAAUUAGCGAAUCCAACUACAAGUGGGAUGGUUAUCAAAAGGCUUUCGAUUUGAUCAAAUCUAGAAACAUGAAGAUUGUUCCAGUUUUCUCUUUCCAUCAGUGCGGCGGCAAUGUUGGCGAUGACUGCGCUAUCUACCUUCCAGAUUUCAUCAGAAGUUCCUCAAAGAACCCAUUCUUCUACGAUCAGGACGGCAAGGUCGAUCAGGAAUACAUUUCCAUUGCAUACGAUGAAAUCCCUGUUACACCAGCUGGCAGAACACCACUCCAGUGCUACAAGGAUUGGAUGAAUGCUUUCAAGGAGCAUUUCAACAGCUACAUCAACUCCGGUGCUAUCGUUGAGCUCGAAAUCGGCCUUGGUGCUUGCGGUGAACUCCGUUACCCAUCAUACCAAGCAUGGAAGGGCUGGUCCUAUCCAGGAUGCGGUGAAUUCCAGUCAUACGACUCCGAAUUCACAAAGCAGUUACAACAGGAUGCAGUUGCUGCUGGCCAUUCUGACUGGGGUCAUCACCCAUACAAUGUUGGUGGCUGGAACACACAACCAGGAGGUUCUGAUUUCUGGCGUGACGGCACAUCCAACGGCUGGUCAUCAGCAUACGGCAGAUGGUACAUCAAAUGGUAUGCUAGCAAGCUCAACGCUCACAGUGACAAGGUUCUUUCUAUUGCUCGUGAAAUCUUCCCAACAACACACCUUUCCGCUAAGAUCGCCGGCAUCCACUGGUGGUACAUGACAUCCUGCCAUUGCGCCGAAGCAACAGCAGGCUUCAACAACUUCUACGAUUAUGAUGGCUACAGAGACAUGAUGACUGUCUUCAAGAAGCACAACGUCGAUGUUUGCUUCACAUGCCUUGAAAUGACAGCUGGUGGCUCUGGCUCUAACCCACCAUACCUCGUCCAGCAGAUCUUGAACGACGCUAAGUGGGCUGGUCUCAACUUUGAAGGUGAGAACGCUCUUGCAGUCUACGACUGGGGUUCAUACUCCCGCUGCAUCGAGUGGAAGAACAAAGGACUUAGCAUCUUCACAUACCUCAGAAUGUGCGACGAUCUUUGCAACAACAACGAUAACUACAACGCAUUCAAGGGAUUCGUCCAACAGAUGCACAACUAA